UUCCAUCAUCACCUUAGUCGUUCUAUCCUUUUUUUUUUGAUUAUUUGACAAAAUUAGUUAAAAGUAUAUAAUUUGGAAACUUGUAUUUGGGUAUUAAGUUAGUAAAUGGAUAACGAAAAGAAGACCUGGAUUGCGCCGCUCACCUCGAACACCAACAGCAAUGUGAGUUCCUUCGACUCCUCUCCGCGGAGCUCGGGCUCCCAGUCGCCAGAUGGCCAGCCGAGGACUCAGGUCCAGCCCCAGCCCAUGACCACGGCCAAGAAGUGCACCUGUCGCACCUGCACCUGCAAGCGGCCCGAGCCGAAACUGGCCUCUAUAUUCCGUCCCUCCAGUAUUCACCCGCCGAUCGAUGUCCGUAGACCAUCUAAAGACAAGGCCGAUUCGGAAAGCUUUUCUUCGCCUCGGAUGUCUUUGCAGUCCAACAGGAGCAUGCACAUUACUAUGGAGCCGUCGAAGAACGAGGACUCCCAUUUUGCGAACGAACAGGUGAUGGACACCCACAAUUAUUCAAUUGACGAGGACGAAGAGGAAGAUGAACCGAACAUGGGACGGAUCUUCGGCGUUUCCGGUCCCGUGGUGAAUGCCGAGGAGAUGGCCGGAGCCGCCAUGUACGAGCUGGUCCGCGUGGGACACUACCAGCUGGUGGGCGAGAUCAUCCGUCUGGAGGGCGACAUGGCCACUAUCCAGGUGUACGAGGACACUUCGGGCGUGAGUGUUGGGGACCCCGUCUACCAGACGGGCAAGCCGCUGUCCGUGGAACUGGGCCCCGGGAUCAUGGGCAGCAUCUUCGAUGGCAUCCAGCGACCCCUGCGGACGAUCAGCGAGCUGACCAACUCCAUCUACGUACCCAAGGGCAUCGAUGUCCCGGCCCUGCCGCGGGACAUCUCGUACUCGUUUACCCCCGCUAAGCUCAAGGUCGAUGAUUUGAUAACCGGCGGGGACAUAUACGGAUCGGUUUUCGAGAAUAGUAUGAUGCACGAUCACCGACUGAUGUUCCCUCCCCGAUGCAACGGGCGGGUCAAGUGGCUGGCCCCGGCGGGAAACUACUGCGUGGACGACGUGAUCGUGGAAACGGAGUUCGAAGACGAGGUCACGCGGCACACCAUGCUCCAGGUUUGGCCGGUGCGCAAGUGUCGCCCGGUGGAGGACAAACUGCCCAGCAACAGUCCCCUCCUGACCGGCCAGCGCGUCCUGGACGCCUUCUUUCCAUGUGUCCAGGGCGGAACCACCGCCAUUCCCGGGGCCUUCGGCUGUGGGAAGACUGUGAUCUCGCAGGCCCUGUCCAAGUACUCGAACUCCGAUGUCAUUAUCUACGUGGGCUGCGGCGAGCGAGGGAACGAGAUGUCCGAGGUUCUGCGGGACUUCCCGCAGCUGGAGGUGGACGUCAACGGGACCAUGGAGUCGAUAAUGAAGCGCACUGCCCUCGUGGCCAACACCUCCAACAUGCCCGUGGCGGCUCGAGAGGCCUCCAUCUACACGGGCAUCACCCUCUCGGAGUAUUUCCGCGACAUGGGCUUCCACGUGUCCAUGAUGGCGGACUCCACCUCUCGAUGGGCGGAGGCGCUGCGUGAGAUCUCCGGGCGUCUGGCCGAGAUGCCUGCGGAUGCUGGCUAUCCGGCCUACCUGGGAGCGCGACUGGCCUCCUUCUACGAGAGGGCCGGACUGGUCAAGUGCCUGGGUUCUCCCGAUCGCGAGGGAUCCGUGUCCAUUGUGGGAGCUGUCUCGCCGCCCGGAGGCGACUUCUCCGAUCCCGUGACCUCCGCCACGCUGAGCAUCGUCCAGGUGUUCUGGGGACUGGACAAGAAGCUGGCCCAGAGAAAGCACUUUCCCUCGGUAAACUGGCUGCAGUCGUACUCCAAGUACAUGCGCACCCUGGACAACUACUACGAGGAGUCCAAUCCGGAGUUCACCCAGCUGCGGGCCAAGGCCAAGAAGGUGCUGCAGGAGGAGGACGACCUGGCCGAAAUCGUCCAGCUGGUGGGCAAGUCGUCGUUGAACGAGGAGGACAAGAUUACGCUGGAGAUGGCCAAAAUGCUCAAGGACGACUUCCUGCAGCAGAACUCGUACAGUGAGUACGACGCCUUCUGUCCCUUCUUCAAGACCAUCGGCAUGCUGAAGAACAUGAUGGCCUUCCACGAGGCGGCCAUCACGGCUGUCCAGAACACGGCCGACCAAGAGGCGCGGGUCACCUGGGGACUGAUCCGCAUCCGGGCCGCCAACGUCCUGUACGAGCUCUCCACGAUGAAGUUCAUCGAUCCCAAGCUGGGCCAAGCGGCUGUCAUGGAGACAAUGGACAAGCUCUACGAAAAUAUCCUGCUAACGUUUCGGGACAUAGAGGAGAACGUCGAGGAUUAUUAACUAUCAGAAAGCCGCGAUUAAAGCAAAAUCACAUUUGUCCUAUCAUGGGUCUUAAAAAUUAUAAGUGUUUUUACAAACUUUUAAUAAAUCCACAAACUGUUCUUAAG